AUGUUAGCUCAGCUUCCUACAACAGUGAAGAUGGCACGCGAACACGCAAUUCUUGGGUUGUACCCAGAAUCUCUACAGAUGUUCGAGCAAGCGAUCGGGAUGAUAGAUUCCUACCUCCCUUCAUGCCGAAACUCUCCUUUUAAUCAAAGAUGAAUUAGCACUAAAAACAAUUUGUCAGAAGAGUAUGAAGCUAUAAGGAAACUUUACCAAACAGUCAGAAGAUUCCAGUCAAAUUCGCCGCCUCCAGCUUACAUGCAGGUCCAAGAGAGACAAAUAAGCCCUUCAGAACAGAAUGGAGUAUUCCAGUUCGCCAUAUCAAAUCCAAAUUAUAGAGGACCUGCCAAAGGUCUUGGAAGGUUCGAAGGGGUGCCUUUUGAUAGGCCGCCUGCAAAUGAACCGAUGGAUAGUUUCCAGAACGACCCUGAUGUAUGGCCUGCACCUCCUAUGCUGCCUAAUAAACAGAAAAAACCAACAAGACCACAAGCCCAGCCUGUUGUAAAAACUAAGCCACCUCCUCAGAGUAAUCAAAGAAAGCCUCCAGCGCCAGCUAAUAAAGGCCAAAAACCAGCCCCUGAGCCAAGCAAUAUUAGAAAUUACGACAAGCCUUGACGAGCAAAUACAAAGCCAGAAGGCGAAAAAGCAGCUAAAAAAGGUGAAGGGGAAAAGUCCAGCUUUUUGGAGUCAGUCUACCCUGAUGGCGUUGGUCCUGACACUGAUUUAAUCCAGGCGUUAGAAAGAGACAUGCUCGACAAAAACCCAAAUAUCUGUUUUGAUGACAUUGCAGACCUCGACGAAGCCAAAAUGCUUCUACAAGAAGCCGUUUUAUUGCCAAUUUUAAUGCCGGAUUUCUUCAAAGGCAUUAGAAGACCUUGAAGAGGUGUAUUAAUGUUCGGGCCCCCUGGGACAGGCAAAACCAUGCUUGCCAAAGCUAUAGCGACCUUAGGAGAAACCACAUUUUUUAAUGUCUCAGCUUCUACGCUUGGGUCUAAAUGGAGAGGAGAAAGUGAAAAACUUGUAAGACUUCUCUUUGAGAUGGCAAAAUUUUAUGCUCCGACCACGAUUUUCUUUGACGAAAUUGAUGCACUUGGAGGCAAAAGAGGAGACUCGAAUGAAUGUGAAGCGUCAAGAAGGGUCAAGACUGAGAUGCUGGUGCAGAUGGAUGGGGUUGGAUCAAGCGAAGAUGAAGAGUCGAAAAGAAUUAUAGUACUUGCAGCUACAAAUAGGCCGUGGGAUCUUGAUGAAGCUUUGAGAAGAAGACUUGAAAAAAGAGUUUAUAUUCCUCUGCCUUCAGAUAAUGGCAGGAGAAAAUUGUUUGAAAUUUAUUUGAAUUCUCUUGAAAAAAGCGAUGAUAUUAUAGCAUAGGAAUUUUUAUAGAUUUCUUAGGUGUCGAUCCUCUCAGUUGAAGAUUAUCCAUGCUAAGACUGAUUUUAUAGCUUGAUUGCUGACUUGCCAAAUAAAUUUGGCAAGUCUAAUUCAAUUUUGGUUGUAAGAAGAAGAUCCUUACUCCCCCCCCCCCCUCCGUGAGCGAACAAAAAAAUUUUGUUCACUCACGGAGGGGGGUUAAUUUUUUUUUUUAAAAAAAAUUUAUAUAUAAAUUUUAUAAAAAAUAUUUUUUUUCGAAAUUUAAAAAAAUCCUAAUUUGCAAAAACUGGGAUUAUUUAUAUCUAUUUAUAAUGUAAUCAUCCCUUUUGUUAUAUAAAAAUAAGACAAUGGUUAUAAGACGAAAUAUUUCUAGUGAUUAUGAGAAGGCAUAGUAGAAAAAAGUCAAGGAUAUAGUGGCGCUGAUAUUGCCAAUGUAUGCAGAGAUGCCGCAAUGAUGCCAAUGAGGAAGAAACUUGCAGAAAUUAGAAGCAAAGGAAUUAAUGCUAAAAUUAUUGAGCAGAUUAAAGAUAAAGUGAACGUGCCACUAUGUAUGGACGAUAUGAAGGAAGCCUUGAACAACGUGUCGAGGUCGGUUAGUAAUGAUGAUCUGGGGAGAUAUGAGGAGUGGAUGAAGGAAUUUGGCAGCACUUAA